AUGGCAGUCACAGAGCAGGACACCCAAGUUCCUACGCUUCGCAACAUCCUCACCUCGGAGUCGGAGCCCCUCGCCCGCCGCUUUCGCGCUCUUUUCUCUCUUAAGCACCUUGCGGGCCUGCAGCCACCCAGUGCGCAGACUGUUCCCGCCAUCGAGGCCAUUGCCGCCGCUUUCGCAUCGCCGUCAGCUCUGUUGAAGCACGAACUCGCCUACUGCCUGGGUCAGUCGGGACACGAUGCUGCCAUCGCGCCCUUGAGGGGCGUAUUGGAGGAUAAAGAGGAGGACUCCAUGUGCAGGCACGAGGCUGCCGAGGCACUUGGUGCGCUGAGCGACAAGGGCAGUCUUGAGCUGCUAAGGGCAUUGAGGGACGACGUCAAAGAGAUCGAUGUCGUACGGGAGACUUGCGACAUUGCUGUGGACCGCAUAGAGUGGGACCAUGGGCUGCAGAAGGGGCAGGAGAAAUUGAAGAAAAGCGACUUCACGUCCAUCGACCCUGCGCCACCACUACCACAGAGUACGGAGAAGGCAUCGAUCCCCGAACUUGAAAAGACACUGCUCGACACCUCGUUGCCCUUGUUCCAGCGCUACCGAGCCAUGUUCGCCCUCCGCGAUCUUUCCUCGCCGCCCGACCUCCCAACUGCCGUUCCGGCCGUACAGGCGCUCGCUCGCGGAUUCACAGACCCAUCUGCUCUCUUCCGCCACGAAAUCGCCUUUGUCUUUGGGCAGCUGUCACACCCCGCAUCCAUCCCUAGUCUUACAGAAGCGCUCAGUAACACAAAGGAGGCAAGCAUGGUCCGACAUGAGGCAGCCGAGGCACUUGGAAGCUUGGGCGAUGAAGAGGGUGUCGAAGAUACUCUGCGUAAAUUUUUGAACGACCCAGAGCAGGUGGUGCGCGACAGUGUGGUCGUAGCACUUGACAUGGCAGAAUUUGAGAAGAACGGAGAGAUGGAGUACGCGAUCGUGCCGCAAGCUGUUGCAGCUUAG